CAUAAUUAAUUUCUAUUAUCUUGGUAACAAUUACAAUUAUAUCUGGAUUUAUAUUACAUAGAUUUUAUUAUAUUAUAUUACAAAUGAUUGCAAUAAUAACAUUCAUUUAUAUUAUAUUAUCAUUAUUGAAUCAAUUCAUUAUAAUAUAUGGAAUGAUACCAGUACAAUGUGGUUAUAAUUUAACUAGACGUAUACCAGUAUGUUGUCCAUUAAGUAAUAUUAAUGGUAAAGUAUGCGGUGGACCAAAAUAUGGUGAAUGUAUACAAAUAUGGACACCUAAAGAGAAAGUACCAAGUGUAUUUUUAAUAGAUGAUAGAAUUGAUUGGCCAAAACGUUAUUUUACAUAUUUUUGUCAAUGUUUUGGUAAUUAUUUUGGUGCAGCUUGUGAUGAAUGUUGGUUUGGAUGGAAAGGUAAACAUUGUAAUAAACGUUCAAUUAAAAUACGACGCGAUAUAAAAACAUUAACUGAUAGGGAAUUAUAUAUAUUUAAAAGAUUAAUUGUAUUAAGUCAAACAUGGCCAUCUGGUUAUCUUUUAAUUGAUGAAUCAGAUAACUGGAAUGUUGAUCCACUGACAAAACCUAAAUUAGAACAUGCUCCUGUUCAAUAUUACAUUACUUAUUUACAUCGUUAUGGUAGCCGUAGUACAUUGUAUAAAAAUGUUCAGGAUUGUGAAGAUUAUGGAAUAUUAAAUUUCAAUCAUGAUGGUGUUUGUUUUCCAACUUGGCAUCGUUAUUAUAAUCUGUUAUGGGAGAGAUUGAUGACAAAAAUUGCGAUACAAGUAUUUGGUAUAUCAGAUUAUGCAACACCAUAUUGGGAUUGGAUCGGUUUAAGGCAUUGUGAUAUAUGUACAAAUAGAUAUAUUGGCGCACCGGGUAGACGCAGUGAAAUGGGAUUACAUAUAUCAUCUGGAUCACCAUUUAGUAAUCUAACUGAGUACUGCUAUGAACCAAUGAAAGAUUUGCUUUGUUCUGGUUGUCAGAGAGGUGGAAAAGGAAUAAUUACACGGGAAUUUAAAAAAGGGAACCUUCCGGAUGUAGAGGAUUUGAAAUUCGUUUUAAGCUUAAAAAAAUUUCAUGUUCCUGGUGAACGUCUCAGUCCUGUAUGUCUAUCAUUUAAUAUCGCAUUAGAAGGAUUUUGCGGUCGACCCGGUGCUGAUCCAAAUCAUAGAUGGUUUCAUAAUAAAAUACAUGUAUUGAUUGAUGGAAGUAUGUGUUGUACAGCGACAGCAAGCAAUGAUCCAUUAUUUAUAUUACAUCAUAUAUUUAUAGAUAAAAUAUUUGAAUGUUGGUUAAAGACAUAUAAUCCUAGUCCAGAAGAAUACCCAGAUAAACAUGUACGUCCUGGACAUUCAAGAUAUUCAUUUAUUGUUGGUAUAAUACCACUUGCUAGAAAUAUUGAUUUUUUUACACCCUUAACAAAUUUUGGAGUAUACUAUGAUAAUAAAAUAUUUGGUAGAUAUGCAGAGGAUGGAAGACCGCCAUUUUAUUGUUCAAAAAUGGAUACUAUCAUAAAAGGUUCUUAUUAUUAUUGAAUAAUUUUUUUUAUUUCAUUCAAUAUUCAAUAUGAAUAUUUAAUUAAAAAACUGUAAUAAAAAAAUCAAUAAUUUUGGUGAUUAUAAAAAGUUAAAGUAGUUUAGUUACAUAACUUACACGAAAAAUCAUAAUAAUUAAAUAUCGGAUAUUCAAUUUAUAGAUGGAUACUAAUUUCAUGUAAAGUUGCAAUGAAUAAGGCUUUGAAAUAAUAACUAUGUUACGU